AUGGGACCGCUCUACGGGCUGAAGCAGUCGCCGCUGCUGUUGUACAGGGCUCUCAACGGUGUGCUGCUGGGCGCUAGCUGGAAGAAGAGCCAGAUCGACGAGGCGUUUUACUUCAAGGCCGGCGACGACCGAGUGACCUGCUGGGUGCUGGUCUUUGUCGACGACCUGCUCGCUGCCAGCAGCAGCACCGCGAUACUGAAGGAGCUGAAGGAGCUGGUGGAGGCGGCCUUCGAGCUGCGUGAGAUCUCGCCAGUGGUGAAGUACCUUGGGAUGGAGAUCCUGACGUUCAACGACGAGGAGGACCAGGAGCGCGAGGAGGAGGAGUACCGGCAGAAGGUCGGCUCGCUGCAGUUCGCAGCGACGACGACGAGGCCGGACAUCGCGUUUGCCUGCAGCAAGCUGGGGAGCGGCCUCACGGUGAGGAGCGAUCAGCAUUGGCGCAAGGUCGACCGCUGCCUUGCCUACCUCGCUGACACGCGCGACACCGCCCUGGAGUUUGGCGGUGGACCAGAGUCGCUGGAGCUGAUCGGCUACGUGGAUGCCGACGACGCGGGCAACAAGCAGAACCGGACGAGCACGGGAGGCUACAUGUUCGACUACGGAGGGGCACAUGGUGGUCGACCAGGUCGACCGAGUAACCUACUCGACGAGUUCCGCGGAGGCUCGCGAACGUCGUCGAGGUCGUGA